AUGGGAAAAGCGAGCGUCGAUAUUGCGCAACGGGAAAACCUUGAGAAGAAUGCUGAGGAAGAAGACAACAAGGGGAAAAGCCCGGAGAAGAAGUCGCCGAAGAAAAGAAAGCGUGAAGAAUCGGACAGUUCUGAUGAUGAAAAGGCCGGUGCAGAGGGAAGUAGUAAGCGAAAAGCAAAGAAGAAAAAGAAUCAAAUGAAGAACAAAGGCGAAGAAAAUCUCGGGAGUUGA